UGCUGGCCGUGCUGCUGGCCGGGCUGCUCGGCGGGGCGCGGGGCUUCGGCGACGAGGAGGAGCGGCGCUGCGACGCCAUCCGCAUCGCCAUGUGCCAGAACCUGGGCUACAAUGUCACCAAGAUGCCCAACCUGGUGGGGCACGAGCUGCAGGCGGACGCCGAGCUGCAGCUCACCACCUUCACCCCGCUCAUCCAGUACGGCUGCUCCAGCCAGCUCCAGUUCUUCCUGUGUUCGGUUUAUGUGCCGAUGUGCACAGAGAAGAUUAACAUCCCCAUAGGUCCCUGUGGAGGCAUGUGCCUCUCUGUCAAAAGAAGAUGUGAACCUGUUUUGAAAGAAUUUGGGUUUGCCUGGCCAGACAGCCUAAACUGCAGCAAGUUCCCGCCCCAGAAUGAUCACAACCACAUGUGCAUGGAGGGCCCAGGAGACGAAGAGGUUCCCCUUCACAGCAAGACCUCCUUGCAGCCUGGAGAAGAGUGCCACGGCAUGGGAUCUAACUCAGACCAGUACAUUUGGGUGAAGAGAAGCUUGAGCUGUGUUCUGAAGUGUGGCUACGAUGCUGGUCUGUACAGCAGGUCAGCUAAGGAAUUCACAGAUAUCUGGAUGGCCAUAUGGGCCAGUCUUUGCUUCAUCUCGACUGCCUUCACAGUCCUGACCUUCCUGAUUGAUUCAUCCAGAUUUUCCUACCCGGAGCGGCCAAUCAUAUUUCUGAGCAUGUGCUACAAUAUUUAUAGCAUUGCUUAUAUUGUGAGGUUAACUGUGGGCCGGGAAAGGAUAUCCUGUGAUUUUGAAGAGGCAGCAGAACCUGUUCUUAUCCAAGAAGGUCUUAAGAACACAGGAUGUGCGAUAAUUUUCUUGCUGAUGUACUUUUUCGGGAUGGCUAGCUCCAUCUGGUGGGUUAUUCUGACACUGACGUGGUUUCUGGCUGCGGGACUCAAGUGGGGCCACGAAGCAAUCGAAAUGCACAGCUCCUAUUUCCACAUUGCAGCCUGGGCCAUCCCGGCAGUGAAGACCAUUGUCAUUUUGAUUAUGAGACUUGUCGAUGCAGACGAGCUCACCGGCCUCUGCUAUGUUGGGAACCAGAACCUGGAUGCACUGACAGGCUUCGUGGUGGCUCCACUUUUUACCUACCUGGUCAUUGGGACUUUAUUCAUUGCAGCAGGACUCGUGGCCUUAUUUAAAAUCAGGUCUAAUCUCCAGAAAGAUGGAACUAAAACUGACAAACUGGAAAGACUGAUGGUGAAAAUUGGGGUCUUUUCAGUGCUGUACACCGUCCCAGCAACGUGUGUCAUCGCCUGUUAUUUCUAUGAAAUCUCCAACUGGGCCAUUUUCCGCUAUUCGGCAGAUGAUUCCAAUAUGGCAGUGGAGAUGCUCAAAAUUUUCAUGUCCCUUCUGGUGGGUAUUACGUCAGGUAUGUGGAUCUGGUCAGCCAAAACUCUGCACACGUGGCAGAAGUGCUCCAACAGACUGGUGAACUCAGGGAAAGUGAAACGGGAGAAGAGAGCAGACGGUUGGGUGAAACCCGGGAAAGGGAACGAGACGGUGGUAUGAGGGAAGGACAGCAUCCCACUGCUCUGCCUGCUCUCCUGUGAAGGACUGGUGGUGUGUGAGCAUUGCUGUGUAAAUGGUGGGAGUAGAGUAGGGGGACGGUUACACAACCUGUCUCUGGAGAUGGGG